AUGCGGGGGCCACGGACGGUGGGGCACCUCCUACGUACGCGGGGAUCAUCUCACCUGCGCGGGGUUCAUCUACGAGACCAGGGAGCGCCGACCUGCGCAGGGGCACCUACCUGCGCGGGAGUGACCGCCCUGCUCAGUGCGGGAGAUGACCGGGUCAACGGGGGCCUCAGCCGAGCCAGCCGAAGCUCCGCGGUUCUCUGCCGCCUGCCCAAGGCGGGCCGGGAAGAGCCGCCUCCGCCGCACCCCUCCCUCCGGGGACCUGCCGGGUCCAGCCAGAGCCUCUGCGGGUUCCCGCGCGCGGCCGGCCAGAAACGCGCAGACUCGAGCGCCCGGCUCCGCCUCCGCCGCCCGACGGAUAGCCGUUCCAGCCAGUGGGGCGGACGACCGGACGGCUCGGUGCUGAUCGGCGAGAGGCUGCUGGUGCUCACGCCGAGAGGCAGCCAUGAUAGAGCUCAGCUGCUGCACAUGCCGUGGGUGCUGGGCCACAGGCCGAGCCCCAGCCCCUCCCCAGGGCGCCAGAUAACUGAGCGCAAGCCCCUGGAGAGCAGGGACCUGACCUGUUUCUGUCUCCAUGCUGGCAUCCAGCGCAGUGCCAGCCACGAGCGCCUGCACGCAGCCGGCCCCGGCUUCUCAAGGCUCUCCGUGCACCCAGAGAUGAAACGGCCAUGGCGGCACGUCCAUGGCACGCAAGUGGACUCAGCUGCACUUUUGAAGGUUCAGCUCCUCUCUGAGCAGAUCCAGAGAGUGGAGGAGAAACUUGAAGCUGGUGUUGAGCAGGAUUCCGAGGACCAGAGCUGGCCCUGUCCGAGGAGGGCGGGAGGCCCACAGGAGCAGGGUGGGCCCUGCAAGUCCCUGCCCCAGGCCGGCUUCCCGCAGACACUCUAG